AUGUCUCUCCCGUACCCCCCGCGCUCCGCCUACUACGACGGCAAGCUGCAAUCCGCAUCCUCGACCUCCUCCUUCCAGACCAUCGACCCCGCCACCGCAAAGCCUCUCGCAAACAUCCACACUACCUCGCAGUCCGGUAUAGACGCCGCAGUCGCCUCGGCGAAAAAGGCGUUCCCCGCAUGGUCCGCGACACCACACAUCGAGCGCGCGCGCAUACUCCAGAAAGCUGCCGCCAUCCUCCGCGCGCGGAACGAUGAGCUGGCCAAGGUCGAGACGCACGACACGGGCAAGGCGUUCUCCGAGACGUCGACCGUGGAUGUCGUGACCGGAGCCGACGUGCUCGAAUACUUUGCCAACAUGGUCGGCGGCGGCGGGCUGAAUGGCGAGACGAUACAGCUGCGUCCCAAUGCGUGGGUAUACACAACCAAGAACGCCCUAGGCGUGUGUGCAGGCAUCGGCGCCUGGAACUAUCCCAUCCAGAUCGCCCUGUGGAAGUCUGCGCCGUGCCUCGCUGCUGGCAACACCAUGGUGUACAAGCCCUCCGAGUUCACCCCGCUGCAUUCCACUCUGCUCGCAGAGAUAUACGCCGAGGCGGGUGUGCCUCCGGGUGUCUUCAACGUUGUCCAGGGAGGAGGCGACGUUGGCGCAUACCUCACCAAGCACCCGGAUGUUGCAAAGGUCAGCUUCACAGGCCAGGUCUCGACGGGACAAAAGGUUGCGGGAAGUGCUGCGGGCGGCAUGAAAUAUGUCACCAUGGAGCUGGGCGGAAAGUCUGCAUGCAUCAUUCUCCCAGACGCCGAUAUCGACCAAGCCGUCGACGGCGCCAUGAUGGCCAACUUCUUCUCCACCGGCCAAGUCUGCACAAACGGAACACGCGUCUUCGUCCCCCAGUCCAUCAAGGCAGCUUUCGAGAAGAAGCUCCUCGACAAAGUCAAGCACAUCCGCGCCGGUGAUGUUUCGGAUCCAAACACAAACUUCGGGCCUCUCGUGAGCAAACCACACUACGAAAAGGUCCUCUCUUACAUCAAGCACGGCAUCCAAGUGGACAAGGCCACACUGCUCUGCGGAGGGCCCGAGAAGCCCGCCUGGCUCUCCUCGCACAAGAACAAGGACUACCAGAACGGGUACUGGGUCACCCCCACCAUCUUCACCGACUGCACCGAUAAUAUGCGCAUCGUGCAGGAAGAGAUUUUUGGUCCCGUCAUGUCCCUCCUUUCUUACGCCGACAACGACAUCGCCUCGCUCAUCGCGCGCGCCAACAACACAGACGUCGGCCUCGCCGCAGGCGUUUUCACCAAGAACCUCAAUCUCGCGCACCAGGUCAUCGGACAGCUCGAGGCCGGCAUCACCUGGAUCAACACAUGGGGUGAGAGCCCCGCGGAAAUGAGCGUCGGAGGGUGGAAGUUGAGCGGAGUGGGCGUCGAGAAUGGACGGAAGGGGCUGGAGGCGUGGGUCAAGAAUAAGAGCACGCUUGUAGAUAUGGGCGGUGAGGUGCCGACGGUGUUUGCGAAGUUGUAG